UACAUACCCUCCCUUUUCCUCCCUUCUACACUUCUUCUCUUCAUCAACUUUCCAACCAAACCUCCAUCUUUUCUCAUUCUCUUAUACCCUUUUACAACUCUUCUUCAAAAAAGUGUUCCUUUUUAAUACUCUUUUCAAGAACCACAAUACCAGUGUUUCUUGAAUUCUAUUCUUGAACUCUCUUCAUGGCUCUCACUCAGUUAAACAACUCCACUUGCUCAAAAACUCAACUUCACUCUUCAUCACAGCUCUCAUUUCUCUCUAGGACUAGGACUCUUCCUAGGCACUAUCACUCUACUUUUGCUCCACUUCACAGAACUCAGCAUGCUAGAAUUUCUUGUUCUGUUGCACCAAAUCAAGUGCAGGUUCCAGCUGCACAAACUCAGGAUCCCAAGGGUAAGCCUGAUUGCUAUGGUGUCUUCUGCCUUACCUAUGAUUUGAAGGCUGAAGAGGAGACAAAAUCAUGGAAGAAAUUAAUUAACAUUGCUGUCUCAGGUGCUGCUGGAAUGAUUUCCAAUCAUCUACUUUUCAAGCUUGCAUCUGGUGAAGUUUUCGGUCCAGAUCAACCUAUUGCGUUGAAAUUAUUAGGAUCAGAAAGGUCAAUCCAAGCUCUUGAAGGUGUUGCGAUGGAAUUGGAGGACUCUUUGUUUCCUUUGCUGAGAGAGGUUGUUAUCAGCAUUGAUCCUUAUGAGGUCUUCCAAGAUGCGGAAUGGGCUUUGCUAAUAGGCGCAAAGCCUCGAGGACCUGGAGUGGAGCGUGCAGCUUUGCUAGACAUAAAUGGGCAGAUUUUUGCGGAGCAGGGAAAAGCACUUAAUGCUGUCGCAUCCCGCAAUGCCAAAGUUAUAGUUGUGGGAAACCCUUGCAAUACCAAUGCAUUAAUAUGUUUGAAGAAUGCUCCAAAUAUUCCAGCAAAAAACUUUCAUGCUUUAACUCGUUUAGAUGAAAACAGGGCAAAGUGUCAGCUAGCCCUCAAGGCAGGUGUCUUCUACGAUAAAGUUUCGAAUAUGACAAUUUGGGGCAACCACUCAACUACUCAGGUCCCUGACUUCUUAAAUGCCAAAAUCGAUGGUUUGCCUGUCAAAGAAGUGAUUAAGGAUAAUAAGUGGUUAGAGGAAGAGUUCACUGAAAAGGUUCAAAAGAGAGGUGGCGUGCUUAUUCAAAAAUGGGGAAGAUCAUCUGCUGCAUCAACCUCAGUGUCGAUAGUUGAUGCCAUACGAUCACUGAUCACUCCUACUCCGGAGGGUGACUGGUUUUCUUCCGGUGUAUAUACCAAUGGAAAUCCUUACGGAAUAGCUGAAGAUAUUGUUUUCAGCAUGCCAUGUCGAUCAAAGGCAAAUGGUGAUUAUGAGCUUGUCAAGGAUGUUACAUUUGAUGACUACCUAAGACAAAAAUUAGCCAAGACGGAAGCUGAGUUAUUGGCCGAGAAAAAAUGUGUGGCUCACCUAACAGGCGAGGGAAUUGCUGUUUGUGAUCUUCCUGGUGAUACCAUGCUUCCAGGAGAAAUGUAACUAGAUAAUAUUCUGAAUGUCAAAGGAGAUUUGGAAGGAGUGCUAGUAAUACUCUUUUUCAACCCUUAUUCUAAUACUCAUUCUCUUACUUAAUGAACAACUCUGUGUUAGAGUGAGAGUUGAAAAGAGAGUAUUCCAUAAUAUAAAUUUCAAAACAUUCAUUUGACUUUAAAACCUUAAAGCUCAUCGACAAUGUAAUAAGUGGAAUUUUGUAUAACCUAUUUCAAGUUAUAAAGCUUGAGAUGGGUCAGUAUAAACUACUGUGCUAUACAAUUUGGAAUACAAUUUAUGUGUCUUAAGUAUA